AAGAAAAUUUACAUAUUAUUUCAAGCUGAUAACAACUCAUAACAAAAGAUUGAAUUUAAGUGAAUUAUUUAUUAAAAAUGGAGAAGAAUAAGUUAAACGAUGAUUUACUAAAUCGUAUUAAAAACGAGUUAACAGCCAUAUUGGAGGAGGAGGCUACAGGAGAUCCAGAUAGAAAGGUUUCCUAUGAAAUGCUAAUGAAACCGAAUCCUUUACCACUCACUCAACCGCUGCCCAAGAAUUCACCAAAGAAAUCCGGAACAAUUAUUAAAAGUGCAUCAUAUAGACAGGCAAAUAGUGGCAAAACGAUUCACAUAAAACCAUCUAAUAAUUUUCAUCAACCGGAGAAGGCAACAAAGACGACGGAUACAAAGUCGCCUGAAGCUGCAACUGACAGCAAGAAAAAAAGGGAAUCACCCAAGGAUCCGAGUUUACGUGCGGAGUUUUUAGACUCUCAGGCGGCCAAGAGCAUAGACGAUGAGAUGCAGAAAAUGCAAUUGGAGCUAAAACAGAGCUAUGAACUAUUCCAAGGGAUAAGCGAGAAAUUUGAAUCUAUUAGCUUUGGCGGCCUGAAGAAUCGCAUACGUGACUUGCAUUUAAAUAACUCCAACAAUGAGAUCGGCAAGAUGACAACCAUGGAACUGCAGAAGAUGUUCGAGACGCGCUACUUGCAAAAUCGCUUGGACAAACUGACAACGGAUGUGAGUCAGGGAUUUCGACGUCAUCCUGGUGAAUUUGGUGAUAUACCCGAGUUGAGCAGAUUCCUUCAGGCAUGCACACAGUUGGAGCGUGGAUUGGGUGCACUGAAGAAGCAGCGUCGCCGCAGCAGCGAUCUGGGAAAGCGUUUGUGCUGGGCCACUGAGAUAGCGUACGAUCGAGUGGAUGAAAUACGCAAUGCAGUGGGCUCUAAACCGGAGACCAAUUUUUAAAUUAAUCAACAGCAAAAACAAAGGUUAAGUAAAAGAGCCAUCAAAAAUUUGUAGCACAGUGGGACCGACAGUUCGACAUUUGGAUGUUAAUUUAUUUCGCUGCUAUCUAUUCUGCAUACCAAUUUUAUCAUCUAACUUUAGAUAGUUCUUAUCGUCUAUGAUCUUAUCAAUUUUUCCAAAAUUGUUCAAAAUUAGAAUGUUUAAAAAGGUAAAAUCACAAAUGUUUUAAUUGUAUUCAAAUUUCGCAUUGUCAAAUUGGAAGGAAAAGUCUUCUACAUGCAGUUCUAAA